CCUUCCGGCGGCCGCAGCAGCGCUCCCGCCUCUUCCCUCACAGCGCGCUCGGGCCGACAGCAGCGACCGCGCCGCAGCCAUGAGUGAGGCAGAAGUGAAUCCCAAAGCUUACCCGCUGGCUGAUGCACAGCUCACCAAAACGCUGCUGGAUCUUGUGCAGCAGUCCUGCAACUAUAAGCAGCUACGCAAGGGAGCCAAUGAAGCCACCAAAACACUGAACAGAGGGAUAGCAGAGUUCAUUGUGAUGGCAGCAGAUGCAGAGCCCUUGGAGAUCAUCCUGCACCUCCCUCUUCUCUGCGAGGACAAGAACGUACCUUACGUGUUUGUGCGCUCCAAGCAAGCCCUGGGCCGGGCAUGCGGCGUUUCCCGGCCUGUCAUCGCCUGCUCCAUCACCAUCAAGGAGGGAUCACAGCUAAAGCCUCAGAUCCAGUCUGUACAGCAAGCUAUAGAAAGACUGUUGGUCUAAGUGCCCAUGAGUGUGUGUGUGUGUGUGAAAUAGGAAAGUGCAAAUUAGGGGAAAUUAAUGUUUAGCUUCAGUUGAGAUGAUAGUUUUAAUAUCAGUGUUUCAUUUCAAAAUGCCACAUUUUUGUUUAAUAAUGGCUUAAGUCUUAGUGUUCCUGCCUCCUAUCCCCCCGCUUUUCUAUUAUUCCACUCCAACACAUUCAUUUUCAUAUUAUUACUUCUUGAAAAGUGACUGAACAACUGUGUUUCCUGUUUUAUGUUUAAAAGAAGGACAGAAAAAAAAGUCCCCCUCUUGUCUUCCUGUCUGCCUGCUCAGGGCUUUUUUAACCCACCCAUCAGCUUUCUCUGUGUUGCAGUUUUUCUGCUAAACUUGAGCCUCCAGCAGGUGUGAGUAACUCUGCAUUUCUGAACGGUUUAGGCUACUGAGAAAAAGGUUCCCUGUGUUCAGGCUGCUGGAGUCAGUUAAGUGAUGGAGCAGCACAGGCAGGUGUAAGGCAGGCAGCAGCUACUGUGUAGCAGCAGAUGGAGCCGAGAUCAGCACAGCCCUUGGUCUUGAAACCAGACAAGAGACUUCUUCUGUAAGAGAUGCGCUGGGAGCAGAAAACUUGUGGCAGUAGACAAGGGGAACUCUCUUGAUUAUUUUUAAAUACUGACUUUUUUAAGAAGAAAUAAAAAUGCUGCAAAGCUAAAUAGAAUUGUCAUUCCCUUGGUGAAGUAUUUGCAACUAUCUGGAGUGUUUCUGCUUGUAAAGCUAAACUGCUCACAGGUUGCCUAAAGGCUAUUGCAGUGCAGUAAUUUAUUCUUCAGUUUCCUUUGCAUGGACUGUUACCAGUGAGGUUGGGUUUCCUAGAGAAAUUAAGUACAAAACACAGGGCAGAGAACAGCCUGUUGUGACUGAUGAGUACCCUGCAUCUGGCUGUUAAUUAUAAAAAGUGCCAUGCUUUUUAGCUACUGCACUCUAGUCACCUGACUGAAGAUGAACCCUUUUAAGUCAUGGCCAAGGAAACAGAGAACAAGUGAUUUUUCAGAUAAAUUAAUAUGUGUCUCAAGAAGAGAGUGUUGUAUCAUCUCAUGUCCUGGAAAAAGAACAUGGAGCACCAACAGCAGUCUGGAUUAGUGAUGGUUUUAUGGACCUAGUUUUAGUUAAAUACAUAUUGUAUAAUAAAUGCACUUCUGCUCUGAUUGGCUGAGUUUAAA